AUGCCUCUAACCCAAACAUAUCCUCACCUUUCUAUUGUUUACUUCAAUGGUGCAAAGCCGCCACUUCAAUUUAGGUUCUCCGAGGACACGCUAUUCACCGAGUCGAGUACCGCACUCAAUUCUCUCCUGCAAUAUCCAGAAAAUCAGAAGCUAGUCAAGCUCGAGUAUCGUUCACCAUCGCUCGACACUGAAGGAAAUGUGCAGUUCACCCAAUUUGCAUUGAUGACGGAUGUUGAUUUAAAGGUUAUGUGGAGUACUUUUCGCCAAUACUCCACUAAAUGUCCGAUUGAAGUCGAUGCAAAGUUUCAAAGAUCUCGGAAAGAUAUCAUUAAAAUGUUGCAACGUCCUUAG